AUGGAGACAAUGAAAUCAAUGUUUCUUUCCAUACUAGUUUCUUUUAUUUUUACCUGUUAUGUUUCAUCUGUUACGGCUGCUCUCUCUUUCGACUUUUAUGCUGCUUCAUGUCCUAAUGCUGAAUUAAUGAUAAGAAAUACAGUUAGUACAGCUUCUUCUAAUGAUCCUUCCGUUCCGGGAAAGCUCCUUCGCUUGGUUUUCCAUGAUUGUUUCGUUGAGGGAUGUGAUGCAUCUUUGAUGCUACAAGGGAACAAUACAGAACAAAGUGAUCCAGCAAACAGGUCUGUUGGAGGAUUUUCAGUUAUAGAAUCAGCAAAAAGACUUCUUGAGAUCUUCUGCCCUGGAACUGUUUCUUGUGCAGACAUAGUUGCUCUAGCAGCUAGAGAUGCAGUCGAAAUCGCUGGUGGACCAAGGGUUCAGAUUCCUACAGGUAGAAGAGACGGAAUGGUUUCAAUUGCUUCAAAUGUUAGACCCAACAUUAUAGACACUAGUUUUACUAUGGAUGAGAUGGUUAAGCUCUUUUCCAAUAAAGGAUUGUCCUUACUCGAUCUUGUCAUUCUUUCAGGAGCUCAUACAAUAGGAUCAGCUCAUUGCAACACAUUUAGGUCGCGGUUCCAACAAGACUCAAAUGGAACUCUUAAGCUCAUUGACCGAACCAUUGAUACUAAUUAUGCAGAUGAGCUAAUGAGACAGUGUCCAGUAACAGCACAACCAUCCGUGACGGUGAACAAUGAUCCUGAAACAUCUAUGCUAUUUGACAACCAGUACUACAGAAAUCUUCUAGCUCAUAAAGUUCUGUUCCCGUCUGAUUCAGUUUUGUUGAGCAACAUUAACACGAAGAAAAUGGUGGAGGAUUUUGCAAAUGAUCAACAACUUUUCUUUGUCAAUUGGGGUGCUGCAUUCGUGAAGCUGACUAGUGUUGGUGUUAAGACUGACGAGGAGGGCGAAAUCCGCCGUUCUUGUACAGCAACUAAUGUAUAA